UUCUCCGUGUCUGCGUCAGCGUUAAAAUAUAUAAAAAAUUUCCCAGCAUUUUAAGCAAGAACUUGAAAGAUAAAUAUUAAGAAUUAAUUGAACCUUUCAACUGUUGUAGAAGAAGCUGAAUUGUUCUGAGAAGAUACCAAGCAGAGGUAGAGACUCGUGAAGGUAUCGUCUAUCGCGUCUAUGAAGUCAGUCGUGCAUGAUACAGUAUUCAAAUUUAAGCCCAGCUUUCUUCCAAAGCCGCAGCUCGUGCAGACAACCCAGCUUGGAAAGUCUACUGUAUGCAAAGCUCAGACCCGUUACGGAUUGCUCAGGUAUUCUGUGAAACGUCAGCUCAGUGUUGUACCGAGAAUCUCCAGUGCAACGAGAAACACAACAGUGAAAGCUUGUUGUCCUUCGACGAACAGCAGUUAUAUCAGGAUUACCUUCGGAAAGAGGCUAUUCACCAAUGUUGUAGCCAAAUGGCCUGGAAAUGCCCACGAUUCUUUCAUUUUUCAAGACAGUGGAAUACACGACAAGCUGCAGCUGGAGCACAAGAGCAUCGAGGAUGGUGUUCUAAUUGGUGAAAGUGGGUAUGGCUGCAAGCCUUUUUUAAUAACCCCUUUCCCUCACCCUGAAACCCCAAAACAAGAGGCCUACAAUGAAGCACUGGGAAAGACAAGGGUGAAGAUUGAACAGACAUUAGGCGUAUUUAAGCGGAGAUUCCAUCUCAUGCAUACAGAGAUCAGGAUGGAUCCCUCAAAGGCAACCCUCCUAAUAGGGGCUUGUGCGGUUUUGCACAACAUUUCUAUUAUAAAAAAUGAUGUUUACAAUCCCCGUGGGGUUGUCUUUGAGGAUGAUCAGCCAGAGGUACCCCCUAUGAGGGACCAGAGGAUGGUCUAAGGAUCAGGGAGUACAUUUGCGAGAAUUAUUUUUAAUAUUUUUAAUGUAUUCAAUACUUUAUUAGAAUGAUGGACUACUUUUACAAGUUUGUAUUUCAAAGAAUGCUUCAUAUAAUAAAAAAAAAUACCCAUAUGAAUGAAAGAUUGGGUACUAUAUGAUUUUAAAGAUUGUAAAUUUCUAAAGAACAUGAAUUACAUAGGAGGGAAAUUGACAAAUAGACUAUUUUUCCUUUUCUUCUCAAAAAAAGAAACAGACAAAAUAUAAAUUAGAUAAAACUUUGGCAACACCUGCAAAUUUACAGUCAAUUUAUGGCGUUAGGCUUAAUAAGGCUUAAUACAUUAUUAAUAAACUCUUAACUCUUGAGCUACUUUCUCCUUCUUCCUUAUUAAAUACUCUUUCUGCAGUUGGAGAGUUUCACACUGCAGGGUAAGUAAAUCAUCUGCAGUGUACCUUUUCUUUCUCUUGUUACUCUUAGGGACAGGGGCUUCAGCAAGGACAGCAAUAGUCGACUCUUCUACAAUAUCAUCAAAUGCAAUUGUGGGGAACUCAUCACCCACUACAUCUUCUGAUGUUUCCAGCAGUUCUUGGUAGAUAUUAUUUCCUACAGUAAUAAAGUAAGACAUCAGAGUAGCACACACAUUGAAUUUAGAGAGAAAUGCAUUUACAGCGUCACCAGAAGUUCUAAAUAGAUUCAAUGCUAGC